AUGCAAUAUGAUGGAGAAAUUUGGAGGGAAAAAUUUCUCUCUCCAUGGUAAGACUAAUAGUUCAAGUGAUUUAAGCUGUCAUGAGCAUGUACUUGUGCAUCUGUCAGAACUCUGGACCACAUAAGAAAAAAAAAACUUACUGAUAAUGAUAAUAAAUAUACAUUUACAGUUGUAAAGUGAUGACUGUUAUUUUGCCUCUGCAUGAAUGACUGCUAAGAGGGGUAAAGAAAUCGUUCUUUUUCUCACAAAAAAGAGUCCUAACCCUUUUUUUAUUAACUGGCCUUUUUCAGACAGUAUGAGUGAUGCUAGAAGUGUUUUAGACAAGGAGCUUGGAAAUUCUGGAACAGAAGAAAACAGUUCAAACUGUGAACAGAAUUCAUCCCCCAGUAAGAAGCAGAGAAAGAGAACAAAGAAUAAACGACUUGAUGGAUAUGAAACCAGUCAAGGUACAGUAAGCUGUUAUUUGACACUAACAGCAUAUAAUGGUUUAAAGUCACCGCGAAAAGGGAACUACAUGUAAGUGUUAUAAAAAACUAGUCACUGAGGACAUUAUUGAAGGUGGUUGCUCCUUGUUCCCUUAAAUUUCAAUUUACAGAGGUAGAUAAUAAAAUAAUAAUUAUCAAAGUUCUAAAAACAUUUAACCUGUAUAACCGCCCUGUAUAUAGCGGUCACCCUGUGUAUUACGGUCACCGGACAGGUUCCCAAAUAUUAAUUUAGCCGUAUAUUGUCUGUGUAGUGGACCUGUAUAAUGGUUACCUGGCCAUUUCCCAAGGGUGACUGUCAUAAACAGGCUUGGCUGUAUUUUGUUACAGCUACUACAAAUUCAUUGUUUUUGGGAGACUCAAUUAUUCAGACCUUUUUCUUAUACAUUAUUAUUUUAUCCUGUUAUUUCUUAAAGAUGAUGAACCUUCCAAAAAAAAACCCAAGACCUCUGAGGGCAGAAAGAAAGCUGGAGGAAGCAAAGAAAAUGACAGUGAAAGUCAAAAUAGGAAGAAAAAUGCCCGAAAAGAUCAUGAUGAUGCAGCAGAAAAGGAGCGAAAGCGAAUUGAAAAGGAGCAGGCAAAUAAGCAAAGAGAAAAGGAACGGCAGGCCCUUACUGAGCGAAAUAACAUGUUGCUAGAAAGGAUGACUGCUUUGGUGAGUAAUCAAAGUGCAGAAGAUCCCUUUGAUUCCGAUGUUGUCUCAGAGUGUGUGGAUCUCACAACUUCAUCAACACCACCAUCAAAUCCUGUUCAUCGUCUUCAGAACACAGUAAAUGAGUUACGGAGUGCCACACCAGAAAGAGUGUUGUCAAUCUCACAGCUUCAAAAGACACUGGACAUGCUGCAGGGCAAUUCAGAGGACCCACCAACCACACCAUCUAUUUGUCAGACAGCAAUUCCAUCACUGCAGAGAACCUCUCUGACCACACUGCAGGAUGUGUGGGAAGAACCAGUAUCCACAACACCAGUUCAGCAGAUGCCAAAUUCCACCACACCAGUGUCAAGAUCUCCUCUGACAACUCUGCGUGGCAGAUUAACAGAAGUGCCACUGUCAAUACCAAAUCAACAGAAAGAAGCCACCAUUUCAGGAGCACAAAGAACCCCACUGACAAACACACCCAGAAAUUUUCCAAACAGAAGACAAGACUUAGUAGCCAGACCAACUGUGGGUGGUAAAUGCCCCAGACGAGUUCUACCACAGCCGCUCUCAAGUUCAGAUGAAGAAGAGUAUUGUCCAUCAUGCGUAACACGCAAAAAGAGAGUGAGGGAACUUGAAGAUCAAUUAAAGAGCUUGCAAGGUCAAGGUAUGUAUGAGGAAGUUUAUGUGAUAAUCCCUGAAAAUUAAAGAAUGAGAGUUAAAAGAAAACAAGCAGUCUUGUUGUGAAUAAAAGAAAUAAGGGGUAUUAGAAAAAGGGAUGCACAUAAUCCAGUUAGUCUGCUUGGGGGCACCCUGUUUUGGUGGUGGAUCGAUCGAUCCACUGUCUGGUCUUUGUCCACUAAUUACAGUAAACACCUGCAUAUAAGAACCUACUUUUUUGAAGUCUGGCAAAAUAGGUUCAUGUAUUUUGGGGUACGUAUUGCCAAUUUAGGCUAAGUAGGUUCUUAAUUUUUAUGAAGGAGAUAAUUGAUCAUUGAGUACCAGAAAAAUAAAUGAACUCGGUUAAAUAUGCAGUAUUUAUUCGUAACUAUUAUAACCUAACAAAACUAUAUAAUUACAUGCAAGGUGAACUUUCGAUCUUGUUAAUAACUAUAGUCAUUCCUAUCAUUAUUUUUAAGUUUCUGAUCCUCCAAGACCUGGAAAGAUCAGUCCCAUUCUAGCAGAACGCUUUAAGGUAAGCACUUCAUUCACCAUUUUAAUCACAGAAUGUGCAUGCUAUUGUAGACAAAUCAGUGUAAAGUUUUUGUGCAAAUCAUGUAGUCGUCAAUGGCUAAUUUGAUGUUUGCAAGAGGUUCGACCCUACUAGACCUAGUCAGGCUUACAGUUUAACCCAUUUGCUCCCAGAUAAUAUGCAGCAGAAAACCACUCUUUCGAGCCAUUUAAGACCUUUUCUGGUUCUUACCAGGCUGAAAAGGAUCUACAAUGUAGAUGUGAACUACCCGAAAGACAUACUAACAAUUCAAGUACAAUGCUGAUAGUUUCUGAUGCUAAAUUUUAGCAUUGAAGUUCAGGCAUCAGGUAAAAAGUUCACUGCCUCCACGACUGUUUUUUUUCACUUUCCCUCGUCCUCACCUCUUGCUUUCCUUGCCCUUUUUUUUUUCUUUUUUACUUUUGUGGGGCAUUUCCUUGGGCUAGUCCCUGCAAGCCACAACUUGCCCAAAGGGUAAACUGUAAGCUGACUUUCUUUACACGCCCUUGUUAUGUGUCAAAGUUGUCAAUGUCUUUUGAGCAUUUGAAAUGUGACAUGCGGCAGAACAUGUGGAAUUAUUAUACAGGCUGUUCAGGUGUGUAUGUCUAUAUAAAAUUGCUAUCAUAAAAAAUAACAUGGCUGUUUUUUUCUUCUUAAUUCCAACAGAUGGUAGAGUUGACUCCUGGUUCUCAAGUUUUUGUGUACCAGAACCAUAUUCACCAAGCAAUGGCCAGAGCGUCGUAUAAGUCAGCGGCAUCGUUUUUGUUAAACUGUUUUUACACAAACGACGAGCUGGUGGGGAUGAACCUGACUGGAGCAAAUGGAAAGAAAUGCCCAGACAAGGAGAUACUUCAAAAGCAUUAUAGGUAUGUGUGCAAUAACAUGAUGACUAUGUAAAUUAAUAGUCUCUCAGAAACUGCUUUUUUUAAUUUUCCCAUCCAUAAAUUCACUACUCAUGUUGUAAUGAUUUUUGACCCUCUUUACAGGAUUUGUCAUGAGAGAAUACCAAAAGCAUUCGCCAACUGA